UGUACAUUUGGAGUAAAUUGAAAGACAACUUUAAGACGGGAGUUUCUGAUUGGCUAUUUCAUUGCUAUACGUCAAAGAUGUCAACUCCAGUCAUACGAUCUGUCAUCCAACGUUUUGAGGCAAAGAGGGAAGUUGCGAAGAAAAGGAAGGGAAGACAUUAGCAACCAGAGAGAUUUCUCUGGCGUUGACCACGAUUUGGAACGCGAGAAUAUCGCCUAUUAGUGGUUGUUGUUAGGUGCCCUUAUCGUUUUCGUCUGGAGAAGCACUGUGGCAUCUAGGUUAUGGCAAGUCGGGGUGGAGCGACAAGACCCAACGGGCCCAAUGCCGGCAACAAGAUCUGCCAGUUCAAGCUGGUGCUGCUGGGAGAGUCGGCUGUGGGGAAGUCCAGUCUGGUGCUUCGGUUUGUCAAAGGCCAGUUUCAUGAAUUUCAGGAGAGCACAAUAGGAGCUGCCUUCCUCACUCAGACAGUGUGUUUGGAUGACACGACGGUCAAGUUUGAGAUUUGGGACACGGCAGGACAGGAACGCUACCACAGUCUGGCGCCCAUGUACUACAGGGGAGCACAGGCGGCCAUUGUGGUCUACGAUAUCACAAAUGAGGAAUCAUUUGGACGAGCAAAAAACUGGGUGAAGGAACUUCAGAGACAAGCCAGUCCGAACAUUGUAAUAGCUUUGGCUGGCAACAAGGCCGACCUUGCCAACAAGAGAGCCCUGGACUUUCAGCUUGCACAGUCGUACGCGGAUGACAACAGCCUGCUCUUCAUGGAGACCUCCGCAAAGACAUCCAUGAAUGUCAAUGAAAUUUUCAUGGCUAUUGCGAAAAAAUUGCCCAAGAACGAGCCCCAGCCAGCGGGAGCCAGCGCCACUCGCAGUCGGGGAGUGGACCUUACAGAGACAGCCCAGCCCACUAAAGGACCAUGCUGCAGUAACUAGCUCGCUGGACACAUCUCAUCUCCUCUCCUCUCCUCCUCAACUCUUCAUAACAUCGAGACAUGGGGCUCCUCUUCCUCCUCCUCCACCUCCUCUUCUUCCUGCCAACCUCGCUCCCUUGACUAGCUAAAGACUCUGUGUAGAUAUGUUUCCAACACCUUUUUUUUUUUUUUUUGAUGUUCAUCAGAUUGAUAGAUGCAUGUAUCACUACAAAGCAUAAAAGACACACACACACACACACCUGACACCACACACACACACACACACACACACACACACACACACACAGGAUACAUACCCGCACACAUUUUGUGAAUGUUCUUGAACCAGAAAACAAACCAGUAGGAGAGUGUCCAAGCUCAAGAAGUGUGUGUUUACGUAUGCAUAUAUAUAUGUGUGUGUGUGUGUGUGUGUGUGUGUGUGUCUGUCUGAGCAAGCAUGUGUUUGGACUGAUUUCAUGAGAUGGACUGAUUUCCUCACACUGGGAGGCACAAAGAUGAUGUGGGUGUAUGUAACUCCGCUACCACCACCAUGCGUUUGAUGAAAAAAAGGUGUGUCUCUCUUAAAGCAUCAGACCCAAACGCCACCCAUCCCUGCCCUACUUUGCACCCUCUCCCCCCUCUCUCUAUCAAGCCCGGGGCCAUGCCUGUGUUCACAGCGAUCUACAGUAUUGACGCAGGGUCAGGCAAGGACUCUUUACAACCAGGCAUUCCUCCUUGCUCCUGCUCUUGAGGAUAAAGCCCCCUUUUACGGCGAUGCGUGGUGGCAGUGCGAAGCCCCACAUUGCCACGACCCCUAUAAGAUUGAAACCAAAAGAGCUGCAGGGUCUAUUUGGUGUGAACUUUCCACAGCUAUCUUGCCUGACGAGUACAGCGCAUCCACGAGAGGUGUUAGACAUGUUACGUUUUCUGAGUGAUUCUCAUUCGAUUGAUGGACAUGAUGUUGCUUUAAGAGAAAGAACAAAGAUCACGGACAGUGAAAAGAUAAACAAGGAAAAAAAAAAGAAAAAUGAAAAAAAAAAAAAAUCUGCUCUAUGUAUUAUUCAAAACUUUGUGUUUCCAUUUCUGUCACUUGCAUCUGUUUAACAUUGCCUUUUCUGCAAUCAGUGGACGAGUAGACAAGAUGUUUUCUCGAACCUUAGUAGUCGGGGGAGGUCUCUAUACGUGGGUAUGGCCCAGAACAUUAUUACUAGUCUGGAGUAUCUUCCCUCAGCACAGCCCUGUGUGAUAUGAAUAUAUUGUAAGAUAGAGUGAUUCAGUCAGCCUUUUUAUAACUGAAGCAGUACAGACCAAGGGGGUGUGUUUAGGCAGUCAAAAUGACAAGACAUAGCUCGUUACCUCUAACUAGUGUACCUCAAGAAGAUCAGCCUUGUGUGUAGGGAUGUGCGUCGUUUCCCGCCGCAUCCUUACCAUGUAAAAUGGGGGGGGGGGGAAGCCCCUGCCGAGCACAGCGCAGUUAAUUCAUAUUUAGAAAAUGGAGGGAUGGAUGACGGAGGAGUACUGAGUCAUCUUGACAUUCAUGUCGGAUCUUUGCACUGCUUAAAUAUACCCUCAGCUUGUUUUGCAAAACCUAGAGAUUCCAAUUGUACAGUUUCCCAGAAUGCCACUGUGGUUGUAGAUUUUGUUAUUUUCCACAAACUGGUCAAAUAAUGUUAAAUGGUGGUCUUUUUAAAUGUACUUCGUGUUAUUAACAAAUCAAAUUGACAUUUACUCAGUGGUCUGUCUCGUAGUUUUAUCUGAACGGUCUCUGUUUUUAUUUUUUCGAAGACUCCUAGCAAAUUGCACAAAUUUGAGGUGUGUUUUGGUCAUGAGCUGGUGACUGCCCGUUUGAUCAAAUUAAAAUGCAUAAUCGUGGAAGUGCUAACCUACUGCUUAAAACACCAAAUGUAGCUAAAUGAACUAUGUGACUGUCAGAGAACCGAAUGGACAAAGUGAUGUAAUGACCUUAACAGUGAAGGACUAAUCUUAAUGGAUUGUCCAGGUACUAGCUAAUAUUUUCAAUAAAGGGGGUGAAAUUCUACGUUUAA